UCCUCCUCCUCCUCCUCCUCUGGGGCGACCCGGCACCGCCAUGGGGCUGCUCUCCGACCCCUACCGCCGCCGGGCCCUGUCCCGCCUCAUCCUGCGCCUCAACACCCCGCUCUGCAUCCUCAGCUUCCUGGUGGGGCUGGUCUGGUUCCUGGGCUUGGCCUUCCACCCCUUCACGCUGCGCAUCUACAUGUCAGAGAACGCCAUGGGCUCCACCAUGGUGGAGGAGCAGUUCGUCUACGGCGAGCGCGCCCUGUCCUACGCCCGAGAGUUUGCCGGGCACAAGAAGAAGGCAGGGGGCAUGCCAGUCGCCUGGCUGGAGAAGACCAUGUGGAACCUGGGCCUGGAGGUGUACAAGCAAACCUUUUCCCGCACGCUGCCCUUUCCAGAUGAGAUGCGAGAGAGAUACAUGGUGAAGGGGACUAACGUGUACGGCAUCCUGCGAGCUCCCCGUGCGGCCAGCACAGAGUCCUUGGUGCUGAGCGUCCCCUGCAGCGAGGGGCAGCAGAACAGCCAGGCCGUGGGGCUGAUGCUGGCGUUGGCCUCCCAUUUCCGAGGUCAGAUCUAUUGGGCCAAAGACAUCAUUUUCCUAGUGAACGAGCAUGACCUGAUUGGGAUGGAGGCCUGGCUGGAGGCUUAUCACGACGUCAAUGUCACAGAGGUGACCUCCUCCUCCGGGAUCCUGGGCCGGGCGGGAGCCAUCCAGGCUGCCAUCUCCCUGGAGCUGAGCAGCGACGUCAUCACCAGCUUUGACGUGGCCGUGGAGGGGCUGAAUGGGCAGCUGCCCAACCUAGACCUGGUCAACCUCUUCUACUCCUUCUGCCAGAAGAACGGGCUGCUCUGCACCAUUCAGGGCAAGCUGCAGCGUUCCGACUGGGACUCCCUGCCGGCCUACCUGCACUCCCUGCAGACGCUGCUGCUGAUGGUGUUGAGGCAGGGCUCCGGCCGGCCCCAGGGCGACCACGGCCUCUUCCUGCGCUACCACAUCGAGGCCGUCACCGUGCGCGGGAUCAACAGCUUCCGCCAGUACAAGUUUGACAUGGGCAUGAUGGGCGCGACGUUGGAGGGGAUGUUCCGGAAGCUGAACAACCUGCUCGAACGCCUGCACCAGUCGUACUUCUUCUACCUGCUGCCCUCGCUCUCCCGCUUCGUCUCGAUCGGGGUCUACAUGCCGGCCUUUGGCUUCCUCAUCCUCAUCCUCGUCCUGAAGGCCCUGGACCUGUGGAUGAAGCUCAGCAAAUACGACACGGGCCCGGAGCCAGACGGUCAGCUGUGCGAUGGAGACCAAGGUCCCAGUCCUGUUGCUGCGGAGGAGCCCAAGCCCAGCCUGUUGACGCUGGUGCCCCCUGUGCUGAUCUGCCACGCCACGGGGCUGGCCCUCUACUUCGUGCCGAUCCUGGGGCAGCACGUGGCCACGCAGCACUUCCCCGUCUCGGAGUCAGAGGCCGUGGUGCUCACGGUCAUUGCCAUCUACGUGGCAGGGCUGGCGCUGCCCCACAACACACACAGGGCCUUGAUGGGCGCGGGAGGCGACCGCGGCUGGAUGACCCUGAAGCUGCUGUCCCUGCUCUACUUGGCCGUGCAGCUGGGCUGCAUCGCCCUGAUCAACUUCUCCCUGGGCUUCUUGCUGGCUGUGACCAUGGUGCCUGUGGCUGCUCUCGUCCAGCCCACGGGGCCCAAGUACCUCUACGCCGCGCUGCUGGUGCUGGUCACACCUGCCGCCACCCUUUUCUUCUGCAUCUUCCUGUACCAGGAGCUCAUCGAGUACCCCAUUUCGGUGCUGGAGGGCUGGCAGCGGUUCCUGCAGGCCAUUGCUGAGGGGCUGCUGGACCACCACCUCUACGGCUCCAUCGUCUUCCCCUUCGUUGCCAUCUUUGUCUACCCCUGCUGGCUGCUGCUGUGGAAUGUGCUCUUCUGGAAGUAGCGCCCUCUGGAGCCGCCCCCGGACUUGAACUGGCCGCUGUCCAGUUUCCCUUGGGUGGGACUUCCCUGGGGGAGUCAGUGCAGCCGGAGCCUCUGCUGCCGCAACGGACAGCGCGGAGGCGGUGGUGGUCUCUGCAAAGCGAGGCUUGGGGGCAGGGGGCAGGCCCAUUAAGCCAGCAGCCUGGACUCUGUAAGGUGCUGCUGCUUUGGGCCUUCUGACAUGUCUUCUGGGAUGUGGCAGGGAGGCAGCUGCUUGUAGCUCGCAUGAGAGGGGAGUUCGGAAUACUGAAGCGCGAAGAGAGAGAUCCUGGCUGUUCUGCUGUUGAGGCUUGGAGAGCUUUGCUCCAGUCCCUGUUAAUUGGGGGGUGGCAGCGGCCGGGGGUGGGGCAAUUUUAACUCUCAGGGGAAGGAAGCACACACGGUCACUGGUGUGGUUGAUAGUUUUUGGGGUGGCUGCAGUUUACAAACAAUCCAGAGUAUAGCUCAAGUGGCCAGGAUUGAGCUCUGAUGGUAAAGAAUAUCCUAGAUAAUGUGCUGGGGGGGGGGGGCAGCGAAGAAGAGGACCCGUUGUGUGUGGGCGCGGGGGAAGGGCUGCGUACAAUCGUUGAGAAAUAAAGGCAAAUGGUUUUAA